AUGCUGCUCCUGGGCAUUGCGGCAUCACUGGUGAGUUGCACGGGAGGUGGGUAUAUCACACAGGCGGAGGAUUGGCCCGCAGGAGGAGGUGCGGCCGCUGGCCGAGGACCCUGGAGGGAGCAAUACAUCCCGUUGUCUGAGAAUUCCGGGUGUGGCCCGAACUUUCAUGAUGAUCCGGUUCCAGCGUGCCCUGAGGCUGGUGACCAAAGCCAUACGCUGUCCCAACCAGGCGUUGCUGUGCGCCCUGCAGGCUGCACUCAGGCUGACCAGGUGCUUGUGCAUUCAACUUGGUCGGGCAGUGCUCUCGCUCAGUCUGGUGAUCCAGGGGUUUCGGCCCUUUGGGCCAGCUUGCUGCAAGGGCUGGAGCAUAUGUGUCAUGUGCAAGUGCUUCAAGCUGUGGAGGCCCUAGAGGCGGGCCAAUAUAUUCUUGAAGAUACCUUUCCCUGGUUUGCUGCUGAGCUUGCUGUUGAAGCCGGUGAUGAUGUUCCUUGGCACGUUGCAGCCUCGGCUAUCAGGGAUGUCAUCGCAAAUCUUGAAUCCAAUGCCGACGGAAAGAAAUUGCUGUUAGUCAGCUCCAAUGUCACCAAGUGGCGCAAGUCCUUAGCAACCUUUCUUGCGGGGAUCAGGCCAGACCUCUGGCUGGUACAGGAAACACACAUUAAGGAGGAGCAAGGGGAUUUGCUGGCCACUCAUGUUGGGGCCUUUGGCUAUCAGGCCUUCAGCUUGCCAGGUGUUGGUUUUCAGUCUGUUGUUCUGCGCAUCCGGGGUGUUGAUAUCUUCCUCGUCAAUGUUUACUUGAAGACAGGGGAGGGCGACUUCAACGAAGACAUCAGUGUUCUGGUGACCACCAGUUUGGCGCAGGUUGCUCUGGCCCUCAGCCUGAUCUGGAGUCUGCCUGUGCCGGGCACUGGGGUAUCGGAGCAACAAUUUCGUCACCAUUCCAAAUUGUGGAUGCAGAAGCAGAGCGCAAGCUACGGUAAGUGGCUAAAGCAGGCUUCGUGUAAAGGCUUGCGUGGCCUUUUUACCAGUGUUAAAGCGGAUGAAGCUGUCCAGCUGCGCCCUUUCUUGCACCAGCCUGUGCAGGAGCGCAUCUACCUUAGGUGGAGGCAGUGGUUUGAGCUUUGGUCCGCGCCGGGUGGGGUCGACCCGGCGCUCCUCAGUGAUCUCAGGCAACGUGCCCGAAUGCAGGCCAAGGAGCUUGGGCCGAUUCCCCUAGAUCAGGCGGUUGCGGCGUUCAAGCGAGUGCCCAGCAAGGCACCAGGUCUAGACGGGUGGACAUUUGAGAUGUUAAAAAAUUUGCAGCGACCGGCUGUUGCAUCCAUCAUUUCAUUUCUUCACCACUGUGAAACUGAGGCCACUUGGCCUGCCCAGAUGGUGUUUGCACUUAUAGCCCUCAUCCCAAAAAGCGAGAAGCGGGAGAGACCAAUAGCACUUUUGCACGUGCUUUACCGCACUUGGGUGCGCAUGAGGUGGAAAUUGGUCUCCGAUUGGCAAUUCCAGUACUGUAAAGCCGCGGUCUGGGAUAAGGCAAUGCCGGGGAGUCAAGUGCUGGACGUCGCUUUGGGACGCUUACUUAGAGGCGAGGCGGCUAGACAGUCCGGUCAGCACUUAGUUACAAUUUUCAUUGAUAUGGAGACUUUCUAUGAUAGAUGCCGUUUUAAUGAUGUCAUUUCUUCUGGCCUUUCUUUGGGGUACCCUCCCCUGGUAUUGCACCAGGCCCUUCUUACGUACAUGGGCCCGCGUUUUCUUCAAUCUGAAGGGUCUUUGUGCCCGGCCAUUACUCCCACGAAGGGGGUCCUGGCUGGGUGCCCGGCCGCCCCGUCUAUCAGCAAACUUGUUGUGCACCCCAUUGCAGUUGCGGCCACUUCCAAGCGUGCGACAUCCAAUUUGGACGUAUGGAUAGAUGAUCUGUCCCUUGACUGUGUCGGUGCCUCGGCCAAGCAGAUUGCCUCAGACGCUGUGCUGCUGUUUCGCAGCCUGCGUACCAGCAUCGAGGCAACUGGUGCCCGUGACCACCGCGCGGCAUGUGUUGCUUGGGCCAUUGCGGCAUAUGAGCUUGCACCGGCUGCCUUUGAGCUCUUUGGUCGUGUCUCCGGUGCUUUCGACUUGACGGUGGACUGCAUCCCUGAAUGGCGGCGUUUGCUGAACGAGGAUGUUGAUUGUGAGGCCAAAGCCGUCAACAAUUUUGCGAUCCAGUGCACCGUUUGCCAGCUUUAUGUGGUUGAAGCUGAUACGAGCCGGUCCAUUGAGGAAUCCUUUGAGGCCAAAGAGUCAAAUCCUGCGGAGGUUGUGCAGCAAGGACACCUCCAAACAGACCCGUUUGUCGUUUCGGUGAGCUUCUCGGGCUGUUUCGAGGGCUUGCUGUGCUCCCUGGAUGCCCAUGCUGGUUCUUUUACGGAAGGCGGCCAUCGGCCGCGGCAUCUGCUGUCCGCACGGGAAGAAAAGUUUGUGUGGUCCACCUUGCCUGCAGAUGUGUGUUUGCAGUUUGAGCAGGCUGGCUUUAAAGUGCCGGCCCCGAAGCAGGAAGAUGUUGACCUACUCAGCCUUUUGCAGCGCAACCGUGAGGAUCUCCCCCAGGAAGUCCUGGACGCUCUGCCAGCAGCACCGGUCCCUAACCCAGUGCAGGAAGGCAAGGCUGCAGGUGUUGAGUGGCGCAACUCCGUCGGUAAGUUGCGCGACCUUGGCCAGCGCAAGCUGAAGCUGCAGGAAGACAUUGACCUGGCCAAGGCAAACCUUAGGGCCAUGCUGACGAAGAUGCAAGAUCUGCAGACCUCCAUCCAGGAGGCACAGACUGAGGUCAAUAAAGCCACUCAGGAGUAUGAAACCAAGGUUCUCACGCAGUGCAAUGAAGAGGCCAACCAUGGAGUCGAGUCUGUGUUGCAGGCCCUGGGGAUUCAGGAAGAGGCCCUUACGGAGGCCCAAAAGCGCAGUCUCGAAGCUCUCAAGAAGGAAAACGCAGACGAGGCCAAACGCCGCAAGACCCAGCAGCAGGAACAAUUCCCGCCUGGAUUGCUCCCGAAGUCUACGGCACCCCCGGCCGCCGAACCCCAGCAAAACGCCGCAGACGCUAAGGACUUGAACAGCCAGUCCGGCAAGGCGCGCAGUCGCUCGCCCAAGCGCGGUGACAAGGGUGACGUUUUGCGUGAUCUGGAAGUUUCGGAGCCAAGCGCAAGCCCUGACGCGUCAAACACCUUUUUCAAGUGCUGGCACUGUGGCCUCCCUUUCGUGCCAAAUGCCGUGGGAGUCCAGUUUUGCAUUUGCAGUGCCGAAAUCCAUGUCAAUUACGCAUCAAAACAUGCUCAGGCCAGCAUUUGCAGUGCUGACGUGGGCCUGGCCGUAGCCUCGCCACCGGGUUCGAGGCUCGGAUCUCCCUUGCAAGACCAGCCAGCCCAGCUCGCGGAUGGCUGUAUCCCGCCCACCGUCCCCUGCGGUGUGCAAGGUUGGGAAGAGCCUUGGUCGGAGCCUGACCUUUUGCACCUCGCCGAAGGGCUUGAGGAGCAAUGCCAGGAGGGCACCUUGGAACACUGGGCCCUUUUUAAGUCUUUGGAGGCCACUGAGAUUCAGGAUCACAGCCUUGAGACCUGGGCCCGCAUCGCUCGUGCUUCUGAGGACUCAGUCCACUCUGUUUCCUCGGGUCAGCCUCGUACUUUCAAGUUUGUCUCGGCAAAUGUGACUUCCUGGAGACCUGAACUUAGGCAGUGGCUGGUCUUUCACCAGUUUGAUGUGGCCUUGAUUCAGGAGCAUCACCUUUCGGAGAGGGCCUUUCAUGCUGAAACUGUGGCCCUUGCCAAGGCAGGCUACCAUGUCCAUGGCCAGCAUUCCCCUGUUCGCAAGCGGGAGAUUGGGGGUGUGAUGGUGUGUGUUAAGUCGCAUUUGCAGGCCAGACACGUUCACACCUUUCAGGAUCCUGAAACGGGCUGUGGUUUCGUAGCUGUCGCUAUUCGGGUGACGGGUUUCGACUUAGCCCUCUUGUCGCUGUAUCUUGAGUCAGGCAGCACUUUUGAAGGCCGGGCCAAUACCUUGGUCCUGUCCAAUAUGUAUGCAGUGAUUGCCUCGCUCAAGUGCCCGUGGUGCGUGGUUGGAGACUGGAACCUAGAUGCUUGUGAGGUCCUCGCCACCAGGCUUGAGGACCUCACAAAGGGUCGGUUACUUGGUACUGGGAUGCCUACUGCAGGCACCGCAGCCGAGCUUGACUAUGCACUGGUCCACCCCCGGUUGGCCUCGCAUCUUUCGCUUGAGCUUGCCUGGGAUGUUCCCUUUAAGCCCCAUGCGGCGCUUAAGUGCACCCUUCCUCUAAAGUCUUUGCAGGACCUCCAGCCAAAUUUGCGCUCCAUCACUGACUCCUUUGACCCCAUUCUUGACGACCAGCGCAAUUUGCAACCCCCGGUUGUGUCACCGCAGAGGGUCACCCUCCUUGAAAUCGAGGCUUGUGACCCCGCCUCCCUCGCCUUUGCGGAGUUUUCUGCCACCGCUGAGGCCUCAGGUUUACUCGGUAGGACCAUGGGCAGGGGGGUAAACUUGCCGACGAUUCGGCAGCCGGCCGUGUCGCAACCCCCCAAUGACUACCAGUGGUUUGGUCACGAGCACUCUGUCUGGUCCCAGCUCGCAGGCCGAUUCAAGGCUGGGGGGCCGCCCAAUGAAACCCUUUCCUUGCUCUCCAAGCUCGGCCCUGAGCAUCAUCAAUGGGCAGACGAAGCCCGGGACACUGUUUCAAAUCAUCGCGACCUCGCGGCCCUGAGGUCCCAUGCUGAGGCGCAGGCCAAGCUUGCUAAGACCGCUCAGCAGGGAGCGCAGGCUGAGUCAUAUCAACAAUGGCUGUUUGGAGCCCUGUCGGCUGGCAUGGGGCCGGUGUAUCGUGCUCUUAAAAGCCACGAACAGACUCUCGCCCGGCCCUUUCGGGACCAGUCGGCCCUUGCCCGGGCUUACUGUCGCAUGGAGUUCUGGAGCCGCAUCUGGGAUGCGUCAAUUGUGCCGCCGCAGCCUCACCUGUCUGCAGAGCGCCUCGCCUUAAGGGCUGAGGCCCUGCAGCAGGCGCAGGAUUUGUCACCGCUAUCUUGGGAGCAGGUCAAGACAGCGUGCCUGGCCACGGGCAACAAGAAGGGAGGCCUUGAUGGUUGGUCGUACAAGGCUCUGCGUAACCUCCCUGACUUCUGCUACCGACAGCUUGCGGGGCUCUUUCGUCUUGCUGAGACGGACCUUACUUUGCCGCUUCAAAUGCUUACGGUGCAGGUCGCCCUUCUUGCAAAAACCCCAGAAAAAGAGCGCCCCAUAUCUCUCACAUCGGUCCUUUGGCGAGUGUACAGCAAGCUGCGACGCCCGCUCCUGGAGAGCUGGUUAAAGGAGUACGCGGCAGAGGAUCAUAAGUUUCGCAAAGUUACUUUCAUAACUUUGUUCGUUGAUCUUGAAGGUUUCUAUGAUGGGGUAGAUUUUUCUCGACUGAUUUCACAGGGCAAAGCUUUGUCAUUUCCACCCUUGCUUUUGGAACUUAGUCUUCAGCUGUACAAUGGGCCUCGUUGUCUCCAUGGCGAGGGGGUCAGCACUGUUGCUUUGUGGCCCCAGAGGGGCAUCCUUCAGGGGUGCCCGUACGCACCCACGGUUGCAAAACUCACCACUCAUGCUCCGCUGCAGGGCAUCUCCCAGCACCGUGGGGUCAGCCAUGCCGAUUUAUGGCUUGAUGACAUCAGUGUCGAUGUGUCCCAUGCUGACCCGGAGGUUGCGGCCUCUUUGGCCCUGUCGGCAUCCAGGAAAUUGGAGGCCCUGCUUUCCGUUGAGAAGCUUCGCAUUAACAAAACCAAAACCAAGUUUGUUGUCAAUAGUGCCAAGGCGGCCAAAGCACUCAACAGUAUGCGUGUUGAAGGCGAUCCUCAGGUUGCUGACUUGGUCCGGGACCUUGGACUUGACUCGGCAGGUGCCAAGCGCAGAAGGGUUACGCAUGCUUUGAAACGCUUCAAGGUCGGCCGCGCCCGAAACCAGAAACUUCACCAACUUGGCACAGGCUGCAAAGCCCACAGGUUGUAUGCCACUUCCAUUCUUACGGCCGAGAUCUAUGGUUGCCAGGGACAGGGCUUGUCCCCCAAAAGGCUCAAGGUCGUUCGCGCAUCCAUCUCCAGGCAUGUUGGGCGGUCCAAGUGGGGCUCUGUCGACGUGUCUCUGGACUGUAUGUCCUUCCGUUGUCAAGACCCAUUGUUGACAGUUGUCCUUGCGCAGGCUGAUGCUUUGUAUAAAAUGUUCGGCCCCUCCACGGCACAAGGCUGGGAAAUCCUAGCCCGCACCUGGAAGGUGGCCUGGACUCGCCAAGAGGCGGCCGUGCAUGGAUGGAAGUGUGUUGCAGGCCCGGUUGCUGCUAUGGUGCAGUAUUGUAUUGAUUUGCGCAUCAAUGUCAGUGAUCCUCUGCGCUGGGUUCAUAGCAGCGGGGUUCUUCUGCUUGAUGUCACCAACCCUGGCCUUUUCCUGUCAGUUCGCCGCUUUCUCACUCAGGUUGUUGCCCUUGAAAGGGCUUCCCGCUUUGGUGCAGUCCUCACGGCCCAAGGUGCCCAGCAAGGAGUGGACUGGAAUGGUCCCAAAGGCUUGGACGACCCCGCAGGUCUCGGCCUCAGCUUUGGAAACCAGGGCCUUCUUCCGCCGGGCAGCACGGUGCCUCAGGGGGAGUCCCUCGCAAUCAUUGAAGCCCUCAAGGCCUUUGAGGCUGAAUUCCCUGGUCAGCUUUGGCGCCGCGAGCUCAAUGCCAAAGCAGACACUCUCGCAGGGUUGGUGGAGUCUCCACCCGAUCUAUUGCCAGUGCUUUUCAAUCUGCCAGCACCUCCGGUCAACCCUUCAGCUGGGCCCGUCGCCUCCUCUGCAGCGGCUGCCCCAAGGUUGCCGGAGUGCCAAGGCGAGGUCACUCAGUCCACAGGAGUGCAAGGAGCGGGGAUUAUCAUGGAAAUCAGCGGCGACGAUAGAGAACUGAGGAGGCUUGGCCGCCCCCAUCACCUCCACCAGGACCUCGUGCGGAGGCGAGACAUCGUGAAGAUGAAGAGCUUACCUUUGCAACGACUUCCAGAAGCUGAAGAGCCACCGGUGGACCAGGUGAAGCAUCCGGUGAACCACUACCAGCCAGCUCCGCCGGACCUUGAUAUGGUCCGCUACAUGAUGGCACUGACUGCGGAGGCCUCCCGUUUCUACAAUCUCAAGGAUCUUGGCUUUUUCAACUUUGGUGUUGAUGCCCGUGGCUUCAUUAUGAUGUGGGACACCGCAGACUGGCUUCCAUGGGAGGGUCAAAGGGCACACUGGCCGAACAGACAGCGUGCCUCGGCUUUCUGGAGCGCGGUCAAGAGGAGUGUUCCAGACCACUUUCAGGAGCUACUCCAGCUUGUCAGCAACGCCUCGCCUGAGGAGGUGAGUCAAGCUGCUCUGGCCGUCGAGUGGAAGGCUUGCGGUGCUCAGGAGCCCCGCUUUCUGCAGGAUCCUCGGCCUCUGGCCGUGGACUUCUCGCGCCACCGGAAUGAAAAGUUUGCUCCCCAGCAGGCCCUGCUGCAUAACUUUCCGCCACUGUGUGCCGACACUGCCUUGAAAGUUUACAGAGGGGCCAGAUACAUCAUUUCGGAUAGUGUUGUUUCGCCCAGAUGCUUCGGGGCAUCCGGCCUCAUGGCCGGAUGCCCCUAUGCGCCAGCAAUUGCCAAACUGGCACUAUUCCCGAGCCUUUCUUCAUUGCACAAGUCCAAACUUGCUGACAACAUCACGGCUUGGUUGGACGAUGUCAGUGUAGAUACUGAAGGCGCUCAAGCAGAGAAGACGGCACAUCGGGCUGUUCAAUCAUACCACUUGUUGAAGCAUGCCUUGCAGCAGGAUGGACUCCACAUGUCCAUCGCAAAAACGUGUUUUGUCUGCACGGAUUCACCAUCCGAAAAAUCUUUAAAAAAGCGUUUAGGCCCUGACGACCCGCCUAUCAUGUCCCUAGCGCGCGACUUAGGAACGGAUUACUCUGCAGCACGUCGUCGCAGGAUUACAGUUGCAAAGGCUCGUCAAGCAAAGGGCCAGGCCAGAGCAGGGCGUAUGCGAUCGCUCAAAGUUCCCUCCUUGUCCCACAAGUGGAGACUGUACAAAGGAGGCAUUUUCGCCUCUGCUGCUUGGGGUCAUCAGGCUCAGGGUAUCUCUCCGAAGCGUUUGAAGUGGCUGCGAGGGUGUGCUGCGCAGCAGUUGCAGCGACACAAGCUUGGCAGCCUUGAUUUGCUUUUCGAUUUGCAUAGCAAGUUUGAGGACCCUCUUAUCACUAUCUUAACACAGCACUUUGCCACGGUUGCUAAGGUUUUUCUUCGAUGGCCGGAGACACUGUGGGGUCAGCUCAAAACUUCUUGGAGCAGCACGUGGAGCCGACUCCAGGCUUCGCCGCACCCGUGGAAAUGUGUUUCUGGCCCGAUGGCGGCUGCGCAAGCCUAUCUCAUGCAACUUGAGAUCGAUGCUCACAGUUUGGAGCAUUGGAACUGGGAUGGUGAGGAUUUUGCCUGCACUUGGAAGGAACCCGGUUUUAAGGCACUCCUGUGUGAGAGGGUUAAAGCAAAACUUCUACAACUUCGGCAUGCCCGUAUUGCGGCGUUUGUGGAUGACCCUCUCCUUGCCGACGGUGUUGAUUGGGCCAGCCACAGGACCAGAACACAGCGUGAAACCAAACACAAGCGCACCACGAAGUGGCUUCAAGCUUUGUGGCAAGGCGCAGUGCUUCAUAACCAAAAUGGGGGCACUCAACAAUGCCCGCUCUGCCAUUGCGAUGCUUCAUGGUCGCACGUACUCCUUGAAUGCAAUUACUGGGCCGGGCGCCAUCGCGACCCACCUGAACAUUGGGCUGAGCUCAAGCAAAAAUGGCCUUCGGACAGUUUGUGGCAGCGAGGGCUUGUGCCCCAAAAGUGGACGAGGCAGCAUCGUCCAGAGUCUUCCUUGCAUUUGCAACGCGAAGGUCUAUGGACGACCAACAGCAAGCUGAGUGCAUCGUCUUAUGUUUUCAGCACUGAUGCCUCAGGAGGGCCGGAUAGUGUUGACUCCCGUUUACGUAUCGUUGCCUUUGCGCUGUUGGCUCUAACUAAAGAAGGUGAUGAGCUCACCUGCGUUGCAUCAAUCACAGGUUUUCUUCCAGUCGGCUCGUCGGUUGCAGAAGGCGAAACACAUGCGUUGCGACUCCUAGCUGAUAAUGUCGAUGGCUUUGCAGAUGUCACAUGUGACUGUCAAACGGCCAUUAAGAAAUCCCAUAGACUUGAUAAUCUUGAUUGUCAUUGGGUUCGGUCGCACCAAUCUGCAGAUGCUUUCAAAAAGGAGUUUGGGGCUGACCAGUUGUGGCGCAUGAAGGCCAACACUUUAGCUGAUGAUAAAUGUGGUAAGCUUGCUGCAACCCUUGUUAAUGUCAACUUUAAAAAUGAUGUGCAGGAGUUGGACCGUCUAGCUCAGCAGGUCUCGACUUUUCUUGCGGAACGUGUGGAGGUUUUGUUGACUUCCAAAAAAGAUCCUGCCCCCUUGGUUUUUGAAGAAAAACGAGGAGCGGCGAGAUUAGCCAGUCAGCGAGAGUCACAGUCCCAACGAGCCAUGCCCCAUCGUGCUGCAUCCCAGGCCGUUCGAUGCCCUGUCAACAGGCCUGUGUCGGGUGACACAGAGAGACAACACUUGGUAAGGCAGGGACAAGCUUUUGUUAAGACUAAGGCAGAGCCUAAGGUUAGGUUUGUACAGAGCGGUGAUGAGGCAUCUGAGACCUCAUUUAGGCCGCCCAGGCAGAGUAAGGAGCGAAAGCCCGGCAAGGCGGCACUCGCUUUGCACACAGUGUGGGAGAAGUUGACUCCCGAAGCCCGACUGGCGAUCGAAGAAGCCGGGUGGAGGCCUCCAUCCGCGGCAGCGGUUGUUCCGCCUCCGGGUCUCGGCGAUUUUGAUGUUGACAUGGAUGCAUCUGAGGCCUGCGAGGCUAAGCAGAAGCUGUGGUCUGAAGCCACGGAGCAGCAGAAAGAGCUCAUGCUCAAGGCAGGCCUCAAGCCGCCGGAGCAAACUCCGGCUCCCACCUCUUAUGAAGUUGGAACCGCAGCAAAUGCAGCUUUUCGUAAGGCCACGGUUGCACUGAAAUUGCUUGGAGACAAGAAGAUUAGCUUGCAGAAGCGUAUCGACCAAGCUAAGGAGCAAUACAACGCAAGACUGACCGAGAUGAAACAGUUGCAGACCAAAAUUGAAGAGGCGCAGCAACAGGUUGCAGAUGCGGGCGAGGAGCUUACCACCAAAGUCCUGGCCCAAGAUGAAUCUUUGAACGGCGAAAUUGCGCAGUUUCUUGAGAAGUUUGGGAUUUCCUUGACUGAAGAGCAGGAAGCAAAGAUUGCCGCAGUGCGUGCCGGCACACAUGGACCCCCUGACAGCCAGGCUUUUGACCUUAAGGCCGCAGCACCCAACACGCAAGAGGUGCCCAAGAAAUCUGAGCCAGCGCAGAACGGACAGCGUGGCACCAGAUCCAGGUCGCCAAGAAAGACGCAUGAGGCUGCCGCUGAGAAGGAGGAUCUGAUCCUUGAUUACAGAGUGCAGGCCAGGGUCUUCCGCCACAGGCCGUCCACUUUGCCACUGUGCUGGAGUGCUUGUGCUUCCGCCCGGAGGCAUGAAGGCACCCUUGAGUCCAGGCCCAUUUCUAGCCCGAACCCGUGUGCGCCUUCGGGAGUUUUCCUUAACCCCAAUUUGGCCUUUGCGAGUGGAUAUGCAUCGGGGCUUGAAGAGCUUGUGCAAGGGUGGCCUCCUUGUUUGAGUUGUGGCCAGAAUGCAGGCCAGCCUCACAUAUCCGCUGACUUGUCAGGUCCACGUUUCUUUCCUGCCAGUGCUGCUCAGGAGUGUGAUGAACAGGGCGAGGUGUCUGGUUCGCAGGAGCUCGCAACUGUGAGGCCUACAUGUAUCAGAGCACUCUCGUAUGGGCCUUCCACGAAUCGGAAAGCCCCUGUAUCCAGACGGGCCCGCCGGCGCCUCAACCGCCGAUUGCGACACGUGCUUGAGGGUUCAGGGACUUUUUCUGAUCCGAUUUCUCACGGUGGUGAUUUGCUUGACCCUUGUGCAGUUGCUUCGGUCCAUGCAGAAGUGGUUGAAGUUGACGGCUACAGGUCGCAGGCUGGCCAUGAAUUUUCAUUUCCGUUCCCUACCCCGUGUGUCUCCCAGUCUUGGGACCCUAGCCCCAAUUUUGAUUGCUGGGAUGCUACUCCUGGGCAUUGCGGCAUCACUGGUGAAUUGCACGGGCGGCCUGACCAGGACCAGCAUCUUUUGGGUUGCGCGGCUGCCAAUCUUGAUGCCAUGAGGGCCCCCAGGGCCCAGGAGGAGGGUGGUUGUUAUAGUGGUGGUGGUUUCUUUCAGGAGGAGGUGUGCCCGCUGGGCGAGGGUCCUGGGGGUCGGAAUUUUGGGAUUGCUUCCCUUAAUAGAGUUUCCCUCCAGGGUCCAGGAGGUGGGUAUAUCACACAGGCGGAGGAUUGGCCCGCAGGAGGAGGUGCGGCCGCUGGCCGAGGACCCUGGAGGGAGCAAUACAUCCCGUUGUCUGAGAAUUCCGGGUGUGGCCCGAACUUUCAUGAUGAUCCGGUUCCAGCGUGCCCUGAGGCUGGUGACCAAAGACAUACGAUGUCCCCACCAGGCGUUGCUGUGCGCCCUGCAGGCUGCUCUCAGGCUGACCAGGUGCUUGUGCAUUCAACUUGGUCGGGCAGUGCUCUCGCUCAGUCUGGUGAUCCAGGGGUUUCGGCCCUUUGGGCCAGCUUGCUGCAAGGGCUGGAGCAUAUGUGUCAUGUGCAAGUGCUUCAAGCUGUGGAGGCCCUAGAGGCGGGCCAAUAUAUUCUUGAAGAUACCUUUCCCUGGUUUGCUGCUGAGCUUGCUGUUGAAGCCGGUGAUGAUGUUCCUUGGCACGUUGCAGCCUCGGCUAUCAGGGAUGUCAUCGCAAAUCUUAACUCCAAUGCCGACGGAAAGAAAUUGCUGUUAGUCAGCUCCAAUGUCACCAAGUGGCGCAAGUCCUUAGCAACCUUUCUUGCGGGGAUCAGGCCAGACCUUUGGCUGGUACAGGAAACACACAUUAAGGAGGAGCAAGGGGAUUUGCUGGCCACUCAUGUUGGGGCCUUUGGCUAUCAGGCCUUCAGCUUGCCAGGUCACCCCACUGGGGGAGGUGGUAACUCAGGAGGCCUUGCGAUUGUGUUUAAGAAGCACCUUGAUGUCCGCAAAAGCCACCACUUCCUUCACCAAGGUGUUGGUUUUCAGUCUGUUGUUCUGCGCAUCCGGGGUGUUGAUUUCUUCCUCGUCAAUGUUUACUUGAAGACAGGGGAGGGUUUCCGGGGCCCGACUAAUGCCAUAAUUCUUUCCAAUUUGAUUCCCUUCCUUAGGUCGCUGCAAGGUGAAUUCCUUGUUGCAGGCGACUUCAACGAAGACAUCAGUGUUCUGGUGACCACCAGUUUGGCGCAGGAAGCUCGGGGCCAAUGGGUCCAUACGGGGGCUUCCACGUGCACAGGGGGUGGUAACAUUGAUUUUGGUUUAGUUUCCAAAGGGCUGGCCUUGGGAGUUUCGGUCCGGGCUGACUGGAUCACUCCGUUUGCUCCACAUGCUGCCUUACAUUGGUGCAUUGACAGGAGGCAGUGCGAGUUGAGGUUUCCCCAGCUUGUGGGUUUCAAGCCGAUGCCCAUUAUGCCGCAACCCUUUGAGCCUCCUUUGGCAGGUUGCUCUGGCCCUCAGCCUGAUCUGGAGUCUGCCUGUGCCGGGCACUGGGGUGGCUCCAUACCUGAGCCGGCCCUCACACAUACCUUUGAGCAGCUCAGUAGCUCUGUUGAGUUAUCGGUCUAUGGCUGCACUCAAGGUCGAGGCUGCCUGCCCAAAUUUCGCCGUGACAAACUCCUGCGCCAUACCUCACCUGUGGGUGCUUGGGGGGGGGCUCAGGCCUCUUUCUGGAAGCGGGUCCUUGUUUGGCUGGAACUUUCGGUGAAGCGGAGUUGUCCUGCACCCUUUGGCCACACAUUUUGGUCGCAGCUUGAAUUGAUGUGGCACGGAUCCACAGCCGAGCUCAGUGUUUUCCAAGUCCAGCUCGAUGCUGUUCUUAAAGGUGUUACGCCUUCGGCUUUUCCAGAGUUGAUUCAGGUAUCGGAGCAACAAUUUCGUCACCAUUCCAAAUUGUGGAUGCAGAAGCAGAGCGCAAGCUACGGUAAGUGGCUAAAGCAGGCUUCGUGUAAAGGCUUGCGUGGCCUUUUUACCAGUGUUAAAGCGGAUGAAGCUGUCCAGCUGCGCCCUUUCUUGCACCAGCCUGUGCAGGAGCGCAUCUACCUUAGGUGGAGGCAGUGGUUUGAGCUUUGGUCCGCGCCGGGUGGGGUCGACCCGGCGCUCCUCAGUGAUCUCAGGCAACGUGCCCGAAUGCAGGCCAAGGAGCUUGGGCCGAUUCCCCUAGAUCAGGCGGUUGCGGCGUUCAAGCGAGUGCCCAGCAAAGCACCAGGUCUAGACGGGUGGACAUUUGAGAUGUUAAAAAAUUUGCAGCGACCGGCUGUUGCAUCCAUCAUUUCAUUUCUUCACCACUGUGAAACUGAGGCCACUUGGCCUGCCCAGAUGGUGUUUGCACUUAUAGCCCUCCUCCCAAAAAGCGAGAAGCGGGAGAGACCAAUAGCACUUUUGCACGUGCUUUACCGCACUUGGGUGCGCAUGAGGUGGAAAUUGGUCUCCGAUUGGCAAUUCCAGUACUGUAAAGCCGCGGUCUGGGAUAAGGCAAUGCCUGGGAGUCAAGUGCUGGACGUCGCUUUGGGACGCUUACUUAGAGGCGAGGCGGCUAGACAGUCCGGUCAGCACUUAGUUACAAUUUUCAUUGAUAUGGAGACUUUCUAUGAUAGAUGCCGUUUUAACGAUGUCAUUUCUUCUGGCCUUUCUUUGGGGUACCCUCCCCUGGUAUUGCACCAGGCCCUUCUUACGUACAUGGGCCCGCGUUUUCUUCAAUCUGAAGGGUCUUUGUGCCCGGCCAUUACUCCCACGAAGGGGGUCCUGGCUGGGUGCCCGGCCGCCCCUUCUAUCAGCAAACUUGUUGUGCACCCCAUUGCAGUUGCGGCCACUUCCAAGCGUGCGACAUCCAAUUUGGACGUAUGGAUAGAUGAUCUGUCCCUUGACUGUGUCGGUGCCUCGGCCAAGCAGAUUGCCUCAGACGCUGUGCUGCUGUUUCGCAGCCUGCGUACCAGCAUCGAGGCAACUGGUGCCAAGUUGUCAUUGGAUAAGACUUCAUUUGUUGCAUCGUCCUCUAAAGCGGCUAAAUGCUUGCAGGCUGUCAGAGUUGACACAGACCCUGAAGUCCGCACCUUUGCCAGGGACUUAGGUGUCACAUCGGGGGGUGCACGCCGCAGGGUUUUGGGUUUAGCUGAGAUGAGGCGAGCUAAGGCCAGUGGCAGGGCGUCUAAACUGCGCAAGUUGGGCCUUGCCAACUUUUCACAUAAAGUGCGCAUUACCCGGGCCUCCAUAUGCUCUGCAGGUCUUUGGGGGCAUCAGGCUGCAGGCGUCAGUCCUAAGCGGCGUAAGUGGUACAGGACUCUUUGUGCCAAGGCCAUCGGCCGCCAAAAGUUAGGCUCGCUUGAUGUCUCUUUCCUUUUGUUGCGUCACAAGUGUGAGGACCCGCACCUCACCAUUUUGAAGCAGCAUUUUCGAGCGGUUGCCAGGGUUUUCCGUCGUUGGCAGAUCUCGGACCCGGAGAAAUUCAGAUCGACUUGGGCCAACAUUUGGGCUUGGCUUUCAGAGUCGCCCCAACCUUGGAAGCGCGUCAAUGGGCCCUUGGCGGCCACUUUGGCAUACUUGAUGGAUUUAGGUGUGCAAGCGCCCCAGUCCCACCGUUGGACGUGCGGCGAGUGUCUCCUUAUCAUUGAUUGGGCCAGUGUUGACGCCACCCGUCGGGUGUGGCAUUGGCUUUUGCCUAAGUGGGAGGCCGCUAGGCUGCUUCGUAUAUCUCAUCUGGAAGCCUGUGAAUCCUUAGCCUCUGGAGUCGACUUGAAGGUCCCUCACCGCUUGCUUAAGCGCAAAUUCUUCAAUAAGAGUAUGGCGACUAGUUUGCAAGCCCUUUGGCAAGGAGCACUUUUAGGUCAGAAUAAGCCCGGGUACUGUAAACUGUGUGCCUGUCCUCUCAGCUUACAGCAUGUUCUGUGGGACUGCCCUUUUCUUGUUUCUAAGUAUCCUGAACCACCGCAUUUCCCGGCCUCCCGCCGCAGUUUCCCGUGGCCAUGUCUUUGGUUGCGCGGUUUGUUGCCACAGCGUGCCACGUCGCUGGGAGGUACGGAUAAGCAGAAGGGUUUGGUUUGUGAGGGUUUGUGGAGCAGCCGACGGGUCCUUAAUAGUGAUAAUCUUGUUUUUGCUUCAGAUGCGUCGGGUGGACCAGUUGCCCGUGACCACCGCGCGGCAUGUGUUGCUUGGGCCAUUGCGGCAUAUGAGCUUGCACCGGAUGGGCCGAAGCGUGUUGCUAGCAUCACGUGCUUUCCUGAAGAGCCCCUGUCGGUGGCCAGUGCGGAACAACAGGCUGCCUUUGAGCUCUUUGGUCGUGUCUCCGGUGUUUUCGACUUGACGGUUGACUGUCAGGCAAUCACACACAUUCUACGGAAAAACAUGCCGCCCCUUGAAGGCCCGGUCCCUUGGGGUGAAAUUUGGGGUGACAGGUCAAGGGCUAAUAUCACUUGGGUGCCCAGUCAUAAAGACUCUUCCUAUUAUGCUGAAAAAGGCAUCCCUGAAUGGCGGCGUUUGCUGAACGAGGAUGUUGAUUCUUUAUGUGGCAAAAGGGCUGCGCAAGUGUUCCAAUCAGCGACUAAGCCGAAUCUUCCUGUUCUUGAUGGGCUCUGUGAAGAAAUUUGCCUGCACCUGGCUAAGAAAAUUGGCUUUGUCCUCAAGCACAAAAAAGAUAAGGGUUUCCCUUGGGUUUUUGAUAGGUGCCUCAACUCCCAGCCUUCGCCCCAGGAUGCUAAGCCCUCGAUCUUUUCCCAGGGCAAGUUUGGUAAGCCCAAAGGCGGGUCCAAGCCCAGCAGUCAGCCCAAACCCAACAAAAAACAACGCCUUAAGGAGGCUCUCGCCAACCCGGACCCUGGGCUGGGUCAUGUUUGGAAGGAUUGUGAGGCCAAAGCCAGCAACAAUUUUGCGAUCCAGUGCACCGUUUGCCAGCUUUAUGUGGAGCAGUGUAACCCUCCCGAGGUUUUUGAUCGCAAAAUGUCCAAUCCUUGUCGCGACAGAGCUGCCCCGGUUCCCGCCUGCUGGGGCAUACAUGGCAGUCAUGACAUGGUUAAUAAGGGUUCUUUCUUUAUGUGCUCCAAGUGUCUUGCCAUGGUUAAACUUGGUGCCACCUCGUCGUCGUCGGUCAUGAAGUCCACUUGCAAAGGGCUCGGGCGUAAACUUAACGCCCAAACGAGAGUGCGUUCCAUGGCCCAGGUUGAAGCUGAUACGAGCCGGUCCAUUGAGGAAUCCUUUGAGGCCAAAGAGUCAAUCCCUGCGGAGGUUGUGCAGCAAGGCGGUGGCACUGGAGUGCGCUUGCUGGCUGCACCCGUGUCAUUGGCGGUCCACGAUGGUCAUGCGACUGAUGGCUGCAACAACGCUCGCCAUGGCUUUCAUCUGAUGUAG